CAAACACCGAGCUGAGAGUUUGUCUCGGCCCGUCAAAAGUUUACGUCGAAUUACAACGAGAUGCGGUACUGCGUUGCUGCACUGUGGCUGUCAGCACUCACAACCCUGGCGGUGGCGGCUGCGGAUGAGCCGCACCAUGAUGCCCCGCCCCAACAGACUGAAAACGAUGUAGAACUCACAGAAGAGGAAAAAAGAGCAUGGUCCAGCUUACACGGAGGUUGGGGAAAAAGAGGAUGGCAAGAUAUGAGUUCGGCGUGGGGUAAACGAGCCUGGCAAGAUCUAAACUCCCCGUGGGGCAAGAGAGGGUGGCAAGACCUUAACUCAGCAUGGGGAAAAAGAGGUUGGCAAGAUUUAAACUCUGCGUGGGGCAAACGCGCAUGGAGUGAUCUCUCUCAAACUCCCUGGGGCAAGAGGGGUUGGAACGAUAUGAGCUCUGCUUGGGGCAAACGAGGUUGGAAUGAUAUGAGUUCUGCUUGGGGCAAACGGGGCUGGAACGAUAUGAGCUCUGCGUGGGGCAAGAGAGGUUGGAAUGACAUGAGCUCGGCUUGGGGCAAGAGGGGCUGGCAAGACAUGAGUUCAGCGUGGGGCAAGCGUGCACCUGAAAAGUGGGCGAACUUCCACGGCUCGUGGGGCAAGCGUUCCGGACCUGAAGCUGACUACGAGGAUAUUGAUGCAGCCAUUGAACAGCUCAUCCCCAUGCAACAGUUGGAAAACAUCGAAAGGACAGCGAUAGAGACACCCGAAAAGAAGGCAUGGCAAGCGUUACACGGCGCGUGGGGCAAGCGACCCGUCAAGCAACACCCGUACAACAGCGGAGCGUUUUACUGGAAGAGAGAACCUGGCUGGACGAACCUGAGAGGGAUGUGGGGCAAGAGGUCAGCGCAGGAGUCUGACAUAGCGCUGGAUGAAGACAACGAGAGCACCCCUGCGAGAGACGAGGCCUAGACUACUGGCAACCCUGUAAUAUAACAGCUACACCAUCAUAUCCCAACGAUUGUCUGUCCCUGUAACUAUCCAUUGACAAAUACGAACCUAUCGUUAAUUUGUUUCGUUUCCAACCACCGAAACGAAUUAAAUCGCCUAGCGGAAAUCGGUACGCGUUCAGUUAGAUAUAUAACUAAAAUAUACCAAUAAUGUAUACCAUACCUUCUAGACGCUGUAGUAUCUUAAUCUUGUAUAACUUCUAGAUCACGUACAGAUACAACAGUCAACCUACGUCACCUUCUAGAUUAAUAACUAUCGAAGUUUAGUGUAAGUGAUUAAUUUUUACAAUAUUUGAUAUGUAUAAACGUAGUUAUGACGACGGCAGGUGUAACUAUAUAUGAGCUAGUUAGUCAAAUUAAUUGUAUUUUACUAGUAAUGUUGAUGUAAAUUGUAAGUGAGGCCGCAGGCCCACGUUU